GAUACGUGUAGCCUGGCUUUAGCUGGCUUAGCAUUAGCAACACAUAGCUAGGCGGAGGCGCAACAAGCUCCCUGAACGCCGAAAUAAGUACUCUAUCUUGAUUUUUCAUUGGAAUUGACGAAACUCGUUUAUGGGUUUAUAUCCCUGGAGGAACAGCUGAACCCGACGUAGCCCUAACGAUAUGGUGAUGGCGUGGUCAUGUGUGCAGCCAGCACUGUGUGUGUGGAGAUGGUUUUAACAGACGCUGUUCUGGAGGACUCAGGAACCCUGCACUGGCCUGGAGAAGCCUCAUAAACAAACAUACACAACACACACCAACCUGUACACGAGAAGAUUCACACACACACACAUACACACGCCACCGCCGUGCCUUGAGAAAGGACACAGGCGCACGGACACAUAAAAGCAGCUUCACCUGAAGCGCACACACACACACACAUUGUACACCAUCUGUGUGUGUGUUAGCCCCUUCAACCAAACAUUUUGGUGUCCUCGCUCCCGUGUGAGGGUGUACGGUUGUAUUUCUUCCCGUCUGUCCCAUCUCCACCGCCACCAUGCCGAGCUCCACCAUCCGCCGGCAGAUGAAGAACAUGGUGAACAACUACUCUGACGCGGAGAAGAAAGUCAGAGAGGCCACUUCCAACGACCCCUGGGGCCCGUCGUCCUCGCUCAUGUCCGAGAUCGCCGACCUCACCUACAACGUGGUCGCCUUCAGCGAGAUCAUGAGCAUGAUCUGGAAGCGGCUCAACGACCACGGCAAGAACUGGCGCCACGUCUACAAGGCGCUCACCCUGCUCGACUACCUGAUCAAGACGGGCUCAGAGCGAGUGGCGCUGCAGUGCAAAGAGAACAUCUUCGCCAUCCAGACUCUGAAGGACUUCCAGUACAUCGACAGAGACGGCAAAGACCAGGGCAUCAACGUGAGGGAGAAGAGCAAGCAGCUAGUGGUCCUACUCAAAGACGAGGAGCGCCUCAAAGGAGAGAGGUCUCAGGCUUUGAAGACCAAAGAGCGCAUGGCCCAGGUGUCCACAGGGAGCAGUCAGAUGGGUUUUGGCCGAGGCUCGUCUCAGCCCAACCUCUCCACUUCCUACAGCGAAGAGUACGGCAGGUCAGAGGGCUCACCUGCCUCCUACCAUGGCUCCACGUCUCCCAACGCCGGUUCAGAACUGGAGCAGGCCAGACCUCAGACCAGCGGAGAGGAGGAGCUACAGCUGCAACUGGCUCUGGCCAUGAGCAGAGAGGCUGCAGAGCAGGAGGAUCGCAUACGCAGAGGGGACGACCUGAGGCUACAGAUGGCCCUGGAGGAGAGUAAGAAAGGAGGUCCAGAAUCAGGAAAACUGCCCAAGAAGAAGAGAGAGCCACAGUCAUCUUUGAUGGAUCUGAUGAAUGUCCCUGAGCCUGGUGCCACCGCUGACCCCUGGGGCGCAGGGGCUGGAGCUAGGUCCAGGGCAGGGGCCGUGGCCGCGGCCGCCGCUCCAUCAGAAGACCCCUGGCAGUCUUACGGGUCUGCGCCCAAGCCAGCAGCUCCAGUGGACCCAUGGGGCACUACUCCUUCUGUCCCACCCAUGAAGAGCAGCGACCCCUGGGCAUCAAACUCCACUGCUGCCGCUGACCCCUGGAGCUCCGCAGCCCGCCCCAUGAAUUCCAUCACAGGUAGCUUUGACCUGUACAAUGCAUCCAACGGUACGUCUAAAGAGGACUUCUCAGAGUUUGACAGCCUGCGCUCUUCCUCCUCUGUCCCCACUGGCGAUGGAGGCGUAGCAUCCUCUCUCCCCUCCCAAGCCAGUCUCGCUAGCAGCGGCAGCCUGGACCUCUUCGACCCCCUGCCCACCUCCAUGUCCAUGUCCGCCUCCACACACCCAACUAGAAAGACUCCGGAGUCCUUCCUGGGCCCCAACGCUGCCCUGGUCAACCUGGACUCUCUGGUGACCAAACCAGCCCAGCCCGCGCCGGUCGCCAACCCAUUCUUAGGGUCAACAGGUGGGCCCGCUCCAGCUCUAGUUCAACAAGCAGCCAACCCCUUCCAAGUGAGCCAGCCAGCGCCCCCCACCCUCAACCAGAUGCGGGUCAGCCCCAUGCCCUCCGGUUUCGGCAUGGUCGAGCCCAUAGCCGUCUCCUCCAUGCCCUCUCAGCCCAUCACCAUGGUCCCCCUUGCGGGCAUAGCCCCUAUGGCCCGUGGGAUGCCCGGGAUGGGGGUCGGGGGAGCGGGGAUCCCGGUCUCCAUGUCCAUGCCCCAGCCCCUGAUGAGCAUGCCACCCCAGACUGGGUCGCAGCCCGCCGGAACCACCAACCCCUUCCUUUUGUGAGGGGGUGACCGGGGGACGGCUUGCUCCGGAGUAACCCCUCCUCGCUCUCUUUCUCUCUCUUCCACUUUGGCUCCUUAAGAAGCUUCAAAAUGAACAAGGAGAUGUCUUAUCCCAUUUAUCCAUUUUUUAUAACCAACUCCUAGCCAGGUCGUAGUCCCAGCCUGGCCCCAUCCCACCAUAACACACUCCUUUCCCCCCUACUCCCCCGUCUCUUUGUCUCGAUGCUACAAGCUGCCCAGUCCUGUGUGUUCCAUACUGAUCCGACGACGAUGUUGAUGACCACAAAGAGUUUGCAUCUGUCUACAGACUUAUAGAGUAGCAGUGGUGUUUACAGUUUUUUUCCACCGAGGCGGGAAAUGACCCAGAUACCCCCCCCCACACCCCCAAACCCCUGUCUUGCUUUCAUUCACUCGCCUCCUCUCCCUUACUUCUUCCCUUAGGACUGCUCUUUUCUUCUUCUGUGGUGGAGUGACAGGAGAGUCUGACCAUACUAACGCCAGGAUCUUAUCUCUUCACUAGAGCUAAUCUUUUAUAAGCCCUGUCAGCCCGUCUGUGUGUGUCUGCGUGAGUGAGCGAGCGAGCGCACGUCUCAGUACUUUUACACUGUGUAUAUUCCAGUGGGUUUUACUUAUACACACUGGAGUACGGAUGAGAGAUGGUCAGAUGUGUUUAUACUCUUGUGUGUGUGUAUGCGUGUGUUACUAAGCAGGGAUUUUGCACAAUUUGUUGUCUUUUUUUUUUCUGUCUGCAACUGUUGGGCUCACCGUUACACCUUAGCUAAGGGAGGGCGGCCGGCCGCUAAAACGGCUUAAACGGCCCACACUGCCUCGGCUCGCGGUAUUACUCAGUCACAACUCUCGUCUGGUCACUUCCCGUCAACUCUGACCUUUUUUCCUCCCAAAACUUCCACGUGAACUUUGACCUCCAGGGGUCACAGGAUUAACAAUGAACACUUAUCAAUGGAGGUGAACCCCUUGUCCGAGGGGUUGAAAAGAUGCGUAAACGCAAUUUCUUUUUCCGUCUGUGUGUGUGCACACAAGUGUACUGUUAAUGCUCGGAUACUAACAGCCACAUGUUGAUGUAUUUGUCACUAACCCCCCCCCCCCUCCCCCUCCCCCCAGUGUGUGUUUCAGAGAAAAAGACAUGAACUGUGUUGGCAUCAGUAUUUUGCUAUCUGAACAUAUAGAUGCAGUGAGGCAUCAUGGGACAGUUUUUUUUUUUUUUUUUUGUUUCUAGGGUCAAAGGGAAGAAAAUGGGGUGUGUGUGUGUGUGUGUGCGCAGUUUGCAUGAGAGUUUAGCUUCCAAGUGUACUUUUAAUGAGCAAGUUUUUCCAUUUCUCACUCAGUAAAGUAGAAACUGUCAAGUUAGUUUCUAAAGCGCAAGUCAAAACGGGGGGAUAAUGUAGACAUCUGCAGCCGUGUGUUUGUAUGCGUGUGUGUGCGUGCAACUAUAUAUCAAGGAGUGUUACCAUGGUGACAGGGUUGCAAAGAAAGCUCUGGGUUUAAAGAGCAUGUCAGCCACUCGACAUUGUGAAGAGAGUUUACCUCAGAGUGGAUUUACUGCAGCUAAUCUAUCUGCAAGAACAUUACCUGCUGGACACACACACGCACACGCACUCACACGGGGUUGUUCCAGGACCGGUCUAUUGAUAGAACAGGGAAUCGCACAGCAGUGAGACGUGUCGUGUAAACAAGCAGUUGUUAAUUUUGUUGGUUACUAUUUUUUAUUUUUUAUUUACUUUUUAGGUGUAAAUCCAUAGCCAAGCCUUUCAGAGUUUUGGAGCAGUGUACUAGCUAAGCCAUGUAUCGUCUUCAUUCUCUCUUUCUUUCUUUAUUUUCUGUCAUUGUAGUUUUUUCACCCUAUGGGUAGGCGAUGUAAUUCUCUUCUCUUAGAAGCACAACUGUUACCAAAGUCAUAGCGACUGUGAUUACUGAGGAUGUCGUACUUUGAGUAGUUUGAACAGUAGGGUCACACUUCACUGACAUUUGUUUUUUCUUCUGUUUAUGGAUCCAUUGUUAUGAUUUUUUUUUUUUUUAUAUAUAUAUAUAUAUUUCAGAGCUAUUUUACAGUCUGUUCAGGAGUUUGUGUAAGAAAGUGUUACUGUUGGCUGAAUGUCAGCACAUUUACUGACCGCAAAGCUGAGCGUCUCCGUCUGGUUGAGAAAGGUGUGUGUGUGUGGGAAUACAGCUGAUGAAUUGCGCCCGGUGUAUGGACUUCUCUUUCGGUGACUCUACUCCCUUCAGUUCUGUUGAUAUCACUGCCAAUGUUAUUGCUCUGGAAGGGGUGUUUGUUUUUUGUUUUUUUUCUUGGUGUGCGUUGCCGCCCUCACCUGGUCUGCUGUGGUAUGAUAGCGACACCGCAGGACCGUUGGUAUUUCCACUAAACACAGACCUUCGUUUCUCUCAGGCAAAAAGGAGGGGCAGCUCCAACCGUGUGUGUGAUUUUGGUGAUGAUAAUGCUGAGGAUGAUGAUGAUGAUGACUUUUUAUGCUUGGGGUCCUGAAUGAAUGGAUGUGACACUUACUUGCAGACCAGCAAACAUUUUUGAUCUAAAUAUAUGCAAAAAUUGAAGUUGGGGAAAAGUAAAAAAAUCAAAUUUUAAAAAGAAGACUUAACGCUUGAUGUGUUUUAGAUUUGCUUAUAAAGUCUUGUUUAUUGAAAUGCUACUAUGAUAUUCUAGCUAAGACGUGUCACUUUCUCACUGGCCUUGAUUUCACUGCGGCCUGACCUUUAGCGAUUGUGAAAAAGGUUGUUAUGGAUGCAUUGAAAAAAAUAAAUAAACAACCUUUACUGUCUUGAACAAAUUCAGCACUCCCAAACAGUCAGAUGUCACUGCAGUUGAACACUUUUUCUUGAUCCCUGGCAGCAGAUUCACAGUCAUGGCUAUGGUGCAGUGAAAAUGUGGCCUGUGUGUAGCGAGCUCCUCUGCGUGUUACUAUGUAUUCACUAUGCUUUUAUCAAGAGGACUAACUGACCUUAUGGACUGUCUGUCUUUAUAUGCAUAAACAGCUUCCUUUAACCUUUUCCAUGUCUGUCUAUUUACCCUUCUCAUAGUACUGGGAGCAGGCUGCUUUUUUUUUUUAUUGGAUACGUGCUCAACCUGUUGGCAUUAUAACUGUAUAAUAUAAUUUAUCAUUUGUACUAUUGUAACAUACUGUUCCUCUGUAUACCUUAUUAUUCUGUGUAAUGGGUUUUUGUAGGAAAAGUCACUGUGGUAUUUUAACGGCAUCUAAACAAACGAACGCAGCAGGCCGCACCCUGUUGGAUGAGGACAACUGUAGCUGCAUUGGUUAAAAAAAUAAAAUGUGUAUCACUUCA